GCGAACUUGAGCUUCUUCUCAUCGUUUUGGCCGUUGUGAAAACGCCACCCGAGCCAACGAACAACGACCACAACGGACGACGCAUCGCGUAACCGCGACUAACGCGCCUACAUUUACGAGUAGCGAGCCCCAAGAAUCACAAUUUAUACUGACAGAAGCUUCGAAGACCGCGGUCGGCCGAUGGUGGCCGCCAAAGGAGGCUCGCUGUGGCUGCACGGGCAGCUUGCCUGAGAUUGGGGCGCUUGGAGGAGGAGCGCCAGAACCAUCGCCCUGCCAUCCGCGCCACGAUCGUCCCCAUCGCCCAACAGGACCGGAGCCCACGCCCGGAACUCUCGCAGCUCCCGCCGCCCGACAUGGCGCAGCCACAGCACCAGCAGCUGCCGCUGCCUUCCGCGCCGCCGCCGCGGCCCUACUCGCCCGCCCAAUUAUCACCCGCACUGCCCAACUCACAAGCUCCCUACAGCGGCAAUCCCCCUCCCAAGCGACAACGCACCUCGCCGGGCCCUGGAUCGUCGCAACCAGGUUCGCCAUUCGUCGCGUCGCCCUCCUAUAUGCACAGCCCAGGCGCCAUGGCAACACCGCCGCCAAUGUCUAACGCGCCCUCACCCGUACCGUAUCCCAACCACAUCGCCCUCCCGCCCAACAACCUCGUGCAACAACCCUACAUCAACGGAAACGCUCACAACAAUGGCCUCCCCCUCAACCACUCCAUGCAGUCCCUCUCGCCCGGGCUGACCAUGCCCGGCCGCACACCGGGCACGCCGCCCGUGAUGUCGCCCUCCCAGAUCCUUCCAGUGCCGUCCCAAGCGACGACCCCGCUGACACCGGCGCCGGCUCCCUCACCCUACGCGACAACUAAUGCCACCCUGGCACCUAUGUCGCAGGUGCUAAUGCCCACAGGCGCCAUGGGGCCACCUUCCAAGCCGGCCGAGCGGCCCGUCAAGGAGGUGCAGUACGACGUCGACGAUUCGCUCGCGGGAACAGGCAUCGACCUUAGGGAGGAAGAGCAGUUCAUGGCGCAGUUCUACGCCGGCAGCACGAGGGCCGAGGCCAGGACCGGUUUCCCUGCCAACACACCUGGAGCCGCCGGGUCCAUGUAUGGUGCCGGACUUGCCAACCAGCCGGCUCAGGCCAUCUCGCAGGACCAGAUACAGUUCGAGGUCGAGCAAGCCAAGGUGGCUUGGCAGGAUGCAGCGGCAAAGCUUUCUGUUGUCCGCGGCCACGAGGUCAAGAAUCCAUUUAGUAACCUUGCUGUCCUCCACGGGCGGGCACACCGGAUUGCCAACGAGUAUGGCCUCGGCCUAGUCUUGGACGUCAAAAACGGCGGCAUGGGCAAGAUGAAGCUGGGUGAUGAGUUCCCGGAGCCUUCGGUUGAUGUCAUCACCAAGGUCGUGGGCCCAGAUGCUGUCGUGUCCACCACCAAGUCCUUCCUGCCUGUCGAAUCGUUCCUGGCCGAACAGAUCGGGCUGUUGUCCAUCGCGACAAAACAUCGGCUUAGGCAACUGGUCGAGGAUGCCGACAGGGUCGCGCGCACGCGACAGCAAACGUCUCAUGGCGUUGCGCCACCUGAGUGGGUCGAUGUGGCCGUACCGAUAAAGACGGUGGAUGCUGGCCUGGCUCUUGAGAUGAGCAGUCCGGCGCCGGGGGACGAGCACGGAGCCGACCCUGGCGUCAACCCACUUAAGCGCUCGUUGGAUGCGAGCGAGUCGGACCCUGCAGCAAUAUCGGCUAGUGGCAAGCCAGCGACUGUAGUCAGCGGUCCAGGGGCCAGCUUUAAUCUCAGCGCCGCGCUGCGCGAGACUAGUAAGUCGGAGCGGGAUUCGGAGGAAGCCAGGCUCAGGAAACGCCAAAAGCGCGCCGAAGACGAGGAGCGCAAGAAAAAGGGCGGUGACGCGGCGGCAUCAACGGCCGGGUCAAGAGCAGGGUCGGUGGCUCCAGGGACACCGGGCGGGGCCGACGCGGACGCGCCGCCGCCCGUCAAGGUGCCGACCAAAAAGGAGCUGAAGGCAAAGGCGGCCGCGGCCCAGAAGUCGCUUGACUCGAUGAACACGGCGACGGCGAACUCAACCACGCAGCACUUCCUCGACUCCCUGUCGCGCAAGAAGAAGGGCAAGCGCACCUACAGCUGGAUGGGCGCGGGCGCGGGCAGCGGGGCCUCGACACCGCGCGGACCCGGUGGUACGCCUGCCACACCUGGCGGCCUGGCAGCCGGGGCGGCGGCGGCGCUGGGGCGCAAUAAGGUGCCCGAGGUGGCGGCCCUCACCCAGGAUGGCAGGUAUAGGCACGGCGAUUUCAGGGAGAACGGCGAGAAGGGCAAGAACAUCCAACUCCGAGACUGGAUCCAGGUCCUCGAGAGGGAGCAGCACCUCGAGUUCCGGGCCCUACAAAAGGCAUACCUCAUGCUCGACUCCUCGGCGCCGAAGUAGUACCAGAGGCGCCGCAGGAGUAGUUCGAACCUCGGCCAGUAGCGGCACAUGUCUCUGGCAUGUCCCCUUGCUGGUAUUGGUCGGACGUGGCAUGCGGGGUUUUGCUGCUUACGCUUCCGGAAUCCAUUGGAAGCGCAGGCGGCCGGCCGGUGCUCGUGCAACACGCCACAACCAUUCCCCGUCGGAUCUCGCUGAGAGCCCUUCUCCCAUUUUUAUUUACUUAACUCACUCGAGGCCACCACAGUCGUGGCGUGUUGUAUCGACUUUGCAUCAGACGAGAAAUCCGAUCCAACCCUGCAUCACCCCGGACGGCAGUCCUCGCUAAAAAAACAAAAGUUCAAAAACAUCAGGCAAAUUUUGAUAAGCCAGGCGUUAUUUACGGCAGGUGGGGAGACGGCGUCUCAGCAUUGUUUUAGAAUCGGGAGUUACUCAUCAGUCGCGUCUGCUCUUUCUGCCUGUCUAGAAGAACGAUUGAUUAUUCACAGUUUCUUUAUUACUUGUUUUGACCUCCACAUACUCUUCUCCACCCCUUAAUGCCUUUGAUUGCUUGCUGCCUCUGUUACCUCUUUUUUCUUCUUUUCUUUCUUUCAGGGAAGGGGUUCUGCAAACCGCACUGUUGGGCUGACGGCUUGGUUUUUCGGGUUUUUGCGGUUCCGCUCUUCUCUAUCUGAUGAACACCACUACCCCGGAAUUGCGCGGCAGCCCCAAGAAAUGCAUUUGGAGGGAGGUCACUGUUGGUAAUAUGGUUGAAAGGAGGCCGGCUGUCUGCAUCGGGAUAAUCAGUCAAUCACACA